GAAGACUUGUGCAAACAAACAACAAUAGAAGGAACAGAAGAAUAUCGAAGUAAUCCAACCGGAGUUAUAAAAGUUGUAAAAUGUCUCUAGUGGGCGCCCUGCCUUUCCUGAAACCGCGCCUAUCCCCUUCUGUUUCUCCUGGGCGCCAAAGAAGACACACAUUGCCAGCAAGCGAGUUCCGACCGCUCAACAUGCAAGAUGCCAUCAGCGUGUUCGAAAUCGAGAAAGAGGCCUUUAUCUCUGUGUCAGGAGACUGUCCACUCCACCUUGAUGAGGUGCGUCAUUUCCUCACGCUGUGUCCAGAGCUGUCCAUGGGCUGGUUUGAGGAGGGGAGACUAGUAGCCUUCAUCAUUGGGUCCCAAUGGGACCAGGACAGACUCUCCCUAGACGCCCUAACUCUUCACAAGCCCAAAGGUUCCACAGUUCAUAUCCAUGUGCUGGCGGUCCACCGGACCUUCCGGCAGCAGGGCAAGGGCCCUAUCCUGAUGUGGCGCUACCUGCAGUACCUACGCUGCCUGCCCUAUGUGCGCCGUGCAGUGCUCAUGUGCGAGGACUUCCUGGUUCCUUUCUACCAGAAGUCUGGCUUCAAGGUGCAGGGUCGCUGUUCCAUCACGGUGGCAUCACUGACCUUCACAGAGAUGCAGUACCCUGUGAGGGGCCAUGCCCUGAUGCGGCGCAACAGUGAAGCUAUUGGUUUUCAUCAGACUGUGUUAUUAUUGGAGGAACCAAUUCAGAGGAGUGAGUCUGCCUUGUUAUUGGAGGAACAGACUCAGAGGACUGAGCCUGAGUCUGCUGAUGUGUAAAUCUUUUUUACUCAGUUAUAUAUUAGAUUCCUGUUGUACAUAUCAACUAUGAUGUAAAAUAAAGUGAUGUAAACAUUUACAUUUAUAUCUAAGAUGGUAGUCUAAAGUGCACACCAUACAUGCAUGACCAAUGCAGGGAGUCUUUAAGCUUUAUUACAAUGUUUUAAUUUCAGAUACCUAACGUUAGUUAAUAUGUGAAUAUUUUAAUGUUAACUAGCUACAUGCUAAUGAAUGUUAGAACAAAUAUUGUGUGACUUCUGUCUGUGUGAGAUUAUAUUUUUACUGCAAAUGUUCCCGUUGUAUUUAUUGUAAGUUUUGU